CCUGACUGUGUUAUUAUGAAACGAACACAGGAUGAAAAUGUAAUAAUUUGAGCGGAACUAAUACCUGAAUAGGAACUCGGAUGUGCACCUUUGUCACACAGUAAUACAAUAAUAGGGAAAGUAAUGUUAAAGUUGGUAUAGCAGAACCAAACCAGAGUGAACGCUUGUCUGUAGUAAAAUUAUCGCAAGAAAAUCCAGUAUUGUGUGAAGAAGUGUUAUUAAGGUGGAGUUAUGAGUGAUCAGGAGAGUUUGAUAACCAUAAACGAUUUACCAAUGAGCUUCACUGUUAAAUAUUUAGGAAGUCAUGAAGCGAAAGGGCUAUGGGGCAUUAAAUACACCAGAAGGCCAGUAGAUAUUUUAAUAUCUUUAACAAAAAACAAUCCUAGUGCAUAUAAUUUACCCUUAGUUAAUGCGCAAGUUUCAGAGGAAGGCUUUUCAAUUACAGAAAUAACUAAGGAAGGAAUUCAGGGAGAAGUCAAUAAGUUUCCAGUUGAAAUAAUCUCAUAUGGAGUGCAAGACUUAGUUUAUACUAGAGUAUUCAGUAUUAUUACUGUUCAGGAUCAAAGUCUAAAGUGUGCUACCCCAUUUAUGUGUCACAGUUUUGUUUGUGACUCUCGAGAUCAAGCUAGACGGUUAACCUAUGCUUUGGCAGCAGUAUUUCAGGAUUACGGCAGAAAGAUUAAAGAAGAGGCAAAAGCAACGGGAAUGCCAAUUAAACGUCUUACUAUUGACUUAAGAACACCGGAAGAGCAAGCCGAAGGUCUUGAUGAAAAAGAAACUGAUGCCUAAAAUCAUCUAAUGUUAUUACUAUUUACACAAUAACUAAUUCAUAUUUUCCGAUAUUUUUUGGCUGUGAAUAUAUAAAUACACUAAUACACGAAAAUAUUUUAUAAUAAUCUUUUUAGAUCCAUUAGGAUAUUAGACAGACAUUUUAAUGUCAGGCCUUAUAGACGAGGAUCUGAAAUUAUCAUAUCGGACAUCUAUCAUAUUAGACGGAUGUUCUUUGAAAUUAGUGUCACGGACAGCAACAAAUAUUUUACAUGUUUAGAGAAAUACUGUGUAUCAAUAUGUUUUUUUGAGUGGUUUAAUUACAAAGUAGUAGCUA